CAGGUCCUGGGGUCAAGCUGGAGAGGUCUGAAGGAGAGGAGGACCCACGACACAGCAGAGACAUCCAGACUGGAGCGGCUGGAGUGCCCCCUGUAGCUAUGGAGGACCCCACCACCGCCCCAGCGCAGCCCAGGACCCGAUGCAGCAUCACGGAGGUCAGUGGAACCCAGAACGCCGUUCUCAAGUCAGAGACAGACACCGAGACUUUAACGGGGCUGGGGCGACUGGGCUGUCCUCCUGCUCUCCACUCAGAGUAUUUACUUUACGGUAACCUGAGGACAGUUUUAUCCAAUCGGGACUCAGGUGAUGCAUUACAGGCUGACAAUGAUCCGACCUGUUCAUACGCUACAGAGACACAGAUGAUAUCAGGUGACAUGCCUGUGGGCUUAGAUACACAGACUAAUCCAAUGAGAGGGGACUGGAACCAGUACAGCAGUAGUGUAUACUCUGAAGGGUUCCUAGAUAAGAAAGGGGAAGGUCUGGUCGUAGAUGAGGUGAUUGUGAAAGUUGAGCGCGACUCUCCUCAGACAUGGAUUGCAGAUGAGACUCACUUAAGAGAAGGACACUCGCAGGGCAACACCAGUGACUUUUUAGAUUACAGGGAAAGCUUGGAGACAAAUCUAAAUGUUGCGACCCACUCCCCUUCACAUGCGUUCAGAGAUCGCGACCCAGUGUCCACGGGGCCUUCUGAUUCACACGGCCGCGUCUUUUUUGAUCAGGUAUUGAACUCAAACGACAGGACUAGAGCCCAGGCUCAGAGAGAGGAUGCUACAUCAGGCAAUAGUAAAGAGAAACGAUUCCUUUGCAUGUUCUGUAACAAAGCCUUCAGCUGCCCACAUAAUGUGGAGAUCCACCAGAGGGUCCACACAGGGGUAAAACCCUUCAGCUGUACACGGUGUCAUAUGCGCUUUGCCCAGGCUGGCAACCUGAAGAGGCACCAGAGAGUCCACACAGGGGUGAAACCCUUCAGCUGUACACAGUGUCACAUGCGCUUCGCUGAGGCUGGUGACCUGAAGAGGCACCAGAGGGUCCACACAGGGGAGAAACCCUACAGCUGCCCCCAGUGUGAGAAGAGGUUCUCCCGCCAGCACCAGCUGAAGAUGCACCUGAAGGUCCACACGGGAGAAACGCUGUUUGCCUGUACGCACUGCGGGAAGAGUUUUUCACAAUCGUCCAGCCUGAAGAGGCACCAGAGAGUCCACACAGGGGAGAAACCCUACAGCUGCCCCCAGUGCGAGAAGAGGUUCUCCCGCCAGCACCAGCUGAAGAUGCACCUGAAGGUCCACACGGGAGAAAGGCCAUUCGACUGUACUCACUGUGGGAAGAGGUUCUCGGAGAGGAGAUACCUCAAGAUGCACCAGCAGAAAAACCAUUCCACUAUAACAUAGGAAGUAACCAUUCCACUCGAUAGCUUCUGAUGCUAAGAUCAACCCCUGCAUUAAAGGUAGACGCAGCAAGAUGACAUAGAUGCAUAAAAUAAGCAGCAGUUGUGGGUCAAUCGUUGAAGUGCAAGGCCCAGACAUUGUGUGAUAUACAGUUGAAGUCGGAAGCUUACAUACACCUUAGCCAAAUACAUUUAAACUCAG